CGACGUCCCUCACCACUUUGAUUCUCUCAAUUAACCGCUUCCGAUCGAGCCGCCAUGGCUCACGAAGGCCCCAUAGCAGGCUUCUCGUGGACCGACAUCCCUACCCAUAUCCUGCGCGAUGAGCUACGGCGAAGGCAAACUGACGACGACCGUCCGGCGUGUGGUACGAAAGGCAAUAGGGGGACCUACAAUACACCCCUACAUGUCUUCGCGCUGGUCCUGAUCCUCGCGCUCAGCACUAUCGCUUGUUCCUUCCCCAUCGUCGUCAAACGCUUUCCCAAGAUCCCCGUUCCACAUACCUUCCUCUUCCUGUCACGGCACUUCGGAACCGGAGUCCUCAUCGCUACAGCCUUCGUACACCUCUUGCCAACGGCCUUCGAGUCCCUCACAGACCCAUGUCUACCCUACUUUUGGAAUCAAGGCUACUCGGCUAUGCCCGGCCUAAUAGCUAUGAGUGCUGUCUUUGUGGUAGUGGGAAUUGAGAUGUUUUUUGCCUCGAAGGGUGCAGGCCACGUCCACACCGCCGACUAUGAAGUAUUUGCCUCGGAGGGGAGGGCUUCUCACGAUUCCCGGCGUAUCGCGGUUCACAAGCGGAGCAAUAGCUACAGUCGAUUCCGAGCGGACGGUCAUGUCCCGGAUAUUGUUCUGCAUAACAUACCUGGCUCAUCGGAGAACUUGAUGAACGGCAGGUCUCCCUCUGUUCCUACAUUCUCCCCACAGCCUUCCUCGGCAUCGAACGCCAACCACACGCGCAACUCGGUGGACGACGAUUCAGAUCUCGAUCUCGAUCUCGAUGAGCUGGGCCCACCGGAUGUAGAUGCCGAGGACACAGAGGACGAGUCACGGUUGCUUUCGAAACCGAAUGCGCGGAAGAGGACAUCGCACCAGCAUUCCGAGGACCCUGAAGAGGACUCGGAACUUUCGGAAGCCCAGCGCAAGAAGCAAUUGUUACAAUGUCUGCUCUUAGAGGCCGGUAUACUUUUCCAUAGCGUGUUUAUUGGCAUGGCGCUUUCCGUCGCGACGGGCACCUCGUUCAUUGUAUUAUUGGUUGCCAUUUCGUUCCACCAGACGUUCGAAGGGUUUGCACUUGGUUCCCGCAUAAGCGCAAUCCGCUUCCCACCAGGGUCCAUCAGGCCCUGGCUAAUGGCACUUGCGUACGGCACAACGACACCUGUUGGCCAGGCCAUCGGGCUUGGGAUUCAUAACCUUUACGAUCCAGCUAGCCAGACUGGCCUCCUAACUGUGGGUAUCAUGAAUGCCAUCAGCAGUGGGCUUCUCCUCUUUGCAGGACUAGUGGAACUUCUGGCCGAAGACUUCCUUAGCGAUGAGAGUUACGUUACCCUUACUGGGAAAAGACGCCUGCAAGCAUGCGGUAGUGUCGUCGGAGGAGCCGCCUUGAUGGCACUCGUAGGAGCUUGGGCAUAAUAGUUGACUUUUUUUACUCUUUAGGCAUUGUACAUGGUUUUAGACAUAUCGGUUCUCUCGCUCUCUCUUUCGCGAGCAAUUUUGGUCAAUUGCAUUUACACCGGCGUCGAUGAUCUACGAUGUAGCAUCCAUCUAGAACGAGCAUCUAUCAUUGUCUUUUUCUGCUUCUACCUGAAAUGUACAUCUACAUCGUCAUAACCAUAGCGCCGUUACAUCGGGAUGGCGAAACAAAGAAAUAAUCGAGACAUUCCAAAUACCAAUACAAACGGUCCGCACGCAUAACCUACCUGGUUUGUAUGUGGUGGCUUUUUUCACAAACCGUUGAUGAGUCCUAUCUCCGCAAGCUAUCACCGUACCAAUCAAUCAAUGGUGAAAGGAAAUCAUUAUUAUGGGACGUAGAUUCGAGAUCUGACAUUUUACACCGAGAUAGAUUCGAUCUGCAAGAUAUCUCCGUAAACGGAACUAAGUAACAUGCGACAAUGACGACCAAC